UUGAUAUGAUUGAGUUACACGACGUCGUUUGUGACUGCACUAUACUAAAAAAACGAAGCAGUGUUUUACUUGUUUGGGAAAAAAAAAAAAAAAGAUUGUGAUUGUAAAGUGCCGCCCAAAUCGGGGACGACGACGAUGGCUGAUACGGCGGAUUUGAACCGAAUCUGCAAUGAUCUUGGAGUCCCUCGAGAAGAAGCACUCUAUUACUUAGAAGGAUUAGACUGGGAUUUUGCUUCGGCGUUUGAAGCUUGCCGCGUCAAAACCCUGCCUUUCGUCAAGGCUAAAUCUUCUCCGACGACGACGACGAAGUCUUUAGUUACCGCGAAAUCCACGGCGGAGGUGUCUUCAUCUACUCGAUUAACAACAACGAUCAAUCAACCUUGUGUUUUGAAUCAGCAGGUUCCGUUUCCGUCAACACAGCCAAGACUGUUCGAUUCACCUCGGAGUUCGAAUCCGGCGACGGGAGUAUCGCCUGAAAUUAAAAAAGAACGAAUCGAUCGGUUCCGCGACGUGGCUUAUGGACUGUCUCUGGAAGAAAUCGUCGCUUAUCUCGAACGCUUCAAUUGGAAUAUCGACGCAGCCGUAAACCAUUACUUUUUACAACGAGAAUCGGAGGAGACUCCGUAUUCGUCAGACGACUCGGAUGAAGAUGAUGAUGAUGAUCUUCACGAGAUGUUUGAUGAGUCGUGUUUGCAGCGUAUUCCAGAGGCUUAUAUUCCGACUCUUGAAGGGUUCUCGAAAGAUGAAACAUCGGUGGCGUUGGCUGCGGAGAUGAUGGAGCGUAGAGGUCCGCCUCUUCCGUCGUUACAUCUACCGUCACCACUAUCUUCAGUUGGCUAUCAAGUCGGGAGCUCUUCUUCUUCCUUUGGUUUGAUGGACUUUGAUAUGCCUGAGUUACACGAUGUGCCUAUAACGUCUUCGUCUCAAGUGCAGAUUCAGGGAAGUAGCAAGAGUUCUGCUCAGAUCAAGGAAGACCACCCUCCGCCAUAUAAGGUUGAUAGAAUCUGUAAUGAAACUGGAGUGUGUCGUUCUGAAGCACUCUAUUACCUCCAAGGAUUCGAUUGGGAUUUGGCUUCUGCGAUGGAGGCUUGCCGCAGAAAAACAUUGCCUCCCCUAAAGGCUACGUCUUUGCCAGUGGUUUCUGUGAAUGAGGUAUCCGUGGCGCCAACAUCGACGCCAGAGGUGUUGAACUCACGUCGGAUUUCGAAUGCGUUGCGGAUUCAGCCAGAGCAACUACCGCCAAAGGAAGAUGAACUGUUGUCUGAUACGAAGGCUGAAAGUAUCAAGCAGUUUUGCGAGGUCACUGCAGUGGCUCCAGAUUUCGCAGUGUCUUACCUCGAAAGUUUCAAAUGGAAUGUACAAGGUGCCAUCAACUCUUUCAUGGAAGAGCCGGAGCGUAUCAUCCCCUCAGAGGCUGUAACAUCCAAGGCAUUACCUUCACAAACACAGUUUCAGGCUUCCGGGAGCUCUUCUUCUAGUUUCAUGAACGUUGAUCCGACCGAGACAAAAGAGCCACUCGAAGAAGCUAGUGAUGAAAGUGUCCCCGUAGCUAUUUCUCCAUUGGAAUCGUCUCAAGUGGAUGGAAAUUUGAAGGGUAGUGCUGUCGAGGAAGAUUCAAGCACCGAGGCCGUACUAGCUGCGCCGAAUACUAUUACAAUGACGAUCAUACUUCUCGAUGGGAAAGAGGCAAAGAUACCUUUUAGAUUCGAUCAAACCGUCAGAGACAUCCGCAAUGCCAUUGACGCGCUAAGACCAGAUGCCAGCAGAAACUAUGAUCUCAUGUCUGCAGAUAGCAUCGAGGAUUUGAAUACAACGGUCGAAAAACUCUCUAAAGGUUCUACAAGUUUGGUGCAGGUCCAACUUGACUAGCUUUCGUUUUAUACAGUUUCCAUUGAUCGAUGAAACAGAGAGAUAUGGAGGGAAAGAGAGCGAGAUGUAGAUGAUAUGACUUUAGAAAGGCUUCUUGCCUUGUGUAGAAAGGUAAAUAGAAUAGAGCAGCUUCAUACUUGCUUUUUGAAAUAGGAAUGGAUAAGGAGAGAGUUCUUAUAGCUUUGGUUUAUGUACAGUUGUUACUGCGAUAUAUGAAACAUAGAGACAACUGAAACAACU